CUCCACCGUAGUCUCUCGCACACACUUUCAGGUUUCAAUUAUGACGGACAGAGAGGAUGGCACGGCAAGCCCACCGCGCAACUCCAACCUGUUCGACCUUCUCCAGACCGAUACCACGUUCCAAUCUGAGGACGAGCAACCCCGUGGCAGACGCAGUGGCCGCGGCCUGGGCUCCUCCUCCGCCAGCCUCGGCUACGACUCCGACUGCAACUCGGCCAGCGCCCGGAGCUCACCUUACGACCUGUCCCCAUGGAACUCGGCGGCCGCCUCCCCCUUCGCCAAGUCACCUUGGGCCUACCUCCCCGUCCUCUCCGACGACGCAGCUGACCCCGACGCCACCGGCCUCGUUGGGUCGCUCGUCCGCGAGGAGGGCCAUGUCUACUCCCUCGCCACCGCCGGGGACCUCCUCUACACCGGGUCCGAUAGCAGGAACAUCCGCGUCUGGAAGGGCCAACAUGAGCUGUCGGGCUUCAAGUCCUGCAGCGGCCUCGUCAAGGCUAUUGUGGUCGCCGGCGACACGAUCUUCACUGGCCAUCAGGACGGCAAGAUUCGUGUCUGGAAGACUUUCGCGAAGAACCCCGUGGUCCACAAGCGCGUGGGGACGCUCCCAAAGCUCAAGGACUUCUUGAAGAGCUCCGUCAACCCAUCUAACUACGUCCAGGUGCGGCGGCACCGCAAGACAGUGUGGCUUCGGCAUUUCGAUGCGAUUUCCUGUCUCAGCCUCGACGAGGAGGCCGGGAUUCUGUACUCUGGGUCUUGGGAUAGGACGGUUAAGGUGUGGAGGGUAUCGGACUCCAAGUGCCUCGAGUCCAUCAAGGCGCACGACGAUGCAGUCAACGCGGUGGCGACCGGAUUCGGUGGAUUUUUGUUCACGGGAUCGGCGGAAGGCACGGUUAAGGUGUGGCAUAGGGAGGCGGCAGGGAAAGUGGGUGCCACGAAGCACGUUCUUGUGCAGAGGUUGCUGCAGCAGGAGAGCGCGGUGACGUCUGUGGCCGUGGCGGAGGUUGCUGGGGUGGUGUACUGCGGAUCGUCGGACGGGACGAUUAACUACUGGUGGUGGGAGAGCGGGCAGUGGCAGCUGGCGCACGGCGGGGUGCUCCGUGGGCACCGGAUGGCGGUGCUGUGCCUCGCGGCAACCGGGAGACUGGUGGUGAGCGGAUCCGCGGACAAGACACUCUGCGUGUGGCGGAGGGAGGAGGGUGACGGCUCCGUCGGAGGCCCAGGCCACACCAAGCUAGCGGUGCUCGCGGGCCACGAGGGGCCGAUCAAGUGCCUGGUCGUGGAGAAGGAAGACGGCGAGGCCGGCGGGGCCUGCGGUUGUCCCCGCUACGUGGUGUACAGCGGCAGCCUCGAUAAUUCGGUGAAGGUAUGGCGCGUGCCGGAGCAAGGUGCGACGCCGUCGCCUCCGCGCGCGCGGCGCGUGGAGGCGCAGCCGCCGCAGAGCGAGAGCGAGGGCGCGAAGCUGAUGGAGUUGGGCUCGCACGUGGGACAAGACUUUAGCGUGCCGGCCGCUGCGUGAGCGGACGUGCGGAGAGGCACCCCCUGUUUCAUGUACGUAUUUGUUCCGAUCUUGGAAAGCAUGUCUUUAUGAGUGUGUGUGUGUGUGUAUGAGAGUCCGUGUUGUUGAAUACGUCGUGGGGAUUAGAUACUGCCGAGGAAGCACCACAGCAAGAAGUAAUAAUUCAGUGGCAAGUGCGUAAAAUUAGGAAUCCUUUUGUGAACCAAAAUAGAAUGUUACAUGAUUUCUUC